CUGUCACUGUCAAAGUGAUAGUGAAGUUGACAUUUUAAUGUUUUGUUGUGAAAUUUCCUUUGAAGUUUUUCACUACUUUUAUUCAAGUUCUUAUUAUUUCUCAUUAUGUUUGUAUAAUGUAUACUUUACUUCACGGCUUUUACAAGUAUAUUAUUCAAAAAGAUGAAUAUUGCGUUCUUAUUUUGGGUUUGGAUAAUGCUGGCAAAACGACCUAUUUAGAAGCUGCUAAAACGAAAUUUACAAAAAAAUACAUAGCUAUGAAUCCAAAUAGAAUAACUACCACGGUGGGCCUGAACAUAGGGAAAAUACAUGUUGAUGGAGUAAUGCUCAACUUUUGGGAUUUAGGUGGGCAGCAGGAACUUCAAUCGCUAUGGGACAAGUACUAUGCAGAGUGUCAUGCUGUCAUCUAUAUAGUAGACUCUUCUGAUAGAGAAAGGAUAUCUGAAUCAAAAGAGACAUUUGAUAGGAUGAUAGCAUCAGAGCACUUAUCUGGAGUACCUCUACUAGUGCUGGCUAAUAAACAAGACAUUCCAGACUGCAUGGGUGUUCACACUGUCAAACCAAUAUUCAAUCAAAAUGCACAUUUGAUUGGUGCAAGGGACAUUAUGCUUAUGGCCACUUCAGCCUUGAAUGGGGACGGUGUCGACGAAGGCAUCAGAUGGCUAGUUGAUUGUAUUAAAAGGAAUAGUGUAGACCGACCACCACGGAACCACGAAGACAACUUAUAGUACGAGCGAUACGCUCUUACCUGCAUAAUAUCAUUCAACCGCGCUAUAAUAUACAAUGAAUGAUAAUGAGUUAUCCUAUUUAGAUAACGCUGUGACUCUACCCAUUGUUUUGUACAUACAUUAUAUGUAUUAAGAAUAAAACAUUAGUAAAAGCG